GGGGGGGGGGGGGCAGUUGCUCAUAUCAGUAUGUAAAUCUAAAGCCGGUAAAGGUGACACAAAUUGAUAAACCCUUGCCAAACCAAAAUCUUACUUGCCUGGUUUAAAUUAAUUCUGACAGAUAAGAAUUGGUAUUUAUGAUAUGAAAGAUAGAAUAGAGAGAUAUUUUCUACAGAGAUUUUGGCGCUUUGCCAUAAAAAUAGCUGGUCCGCUAUGCCCGCGUUUUAGGGAGUUGAAUUGCGGCAGGUAAAGUGCGAACAUGCGGGUUACUUUGUUUACAACGCAUCCUGAAAAAAUAUAAAAAUUUUAACUGAAAUUCUGACAGAAAAAGAAGCACAAUGAACCCAUUAUACAUUGAAUUCUAUUGCGAAGGACUGUUAUCAGUUACUUUUGAGUUAAACUAAUCGAGCUAUUUUAUAUUGUGUACUCAUAAGAGUACUUUAAUUAAGCAAUGUUUCAAAAAUAUUUCAAACGACAGGAAGCGGAUGACAAAACAACAGAGACAAAUAUAAACUCUACAAAUUCCUACCUCAAAUUUGCAGAUGAUCCUGAGAAGGCAUGGAGCGUGGUAGGGUCAUCUCAAGUAUUCAAAGAAGUCAAAGUAGCCUGCAAUGAACCUAAACAAGAAGGACAUGUCAGAGUUGUAUGUAUUUCCGAUACACAUAAUGUGCCAAUGCUGGGUACUUUAGAAAAUAUUCCUCAAGGUGACAUCCUCAUACAUGCAGGGGACUUCACAAAACGAGGCAAAAUUCACGAAGUUGAAAAGUUUAACAAGUUUUUAGGUUCAUUUGACCACCCGCAUAAAGUGGUGAUCGCGGGCAACCAUGAUAUUGGUUUUCACGAAGAGUCAGCUCAAAGGUUGCAUCAUUUGAAUUUUGUACCAGAGGCAGAAGUGAAGGCAGUUUUGACAGAUUGUACAUAUCUACAGGACUCUGAAGUCGAGAUAUUAGGUUUGCGGAUUUAUGGCUCACCUUGGUAAGAUAUUCAAUGCUCAGUGUCUUAAGUUGUGUUCAUACUUCAAGUAGUGAUGGCCGGGCGAUACUCGGUAUUCCAUACCAGUGAUAUACCACAAACAGCGGUAUCAGUUACUGACGUGGCAUUGUUCGAUACUUGCGCCCUGUUUUGGACAAUUUGUUUAACUUACUUCAAAGUAUCAGUAUCGAAUUCUGGUAUCGCCCAUCACUAACUUCAAGCCUCAAUUGGCCAGGUUUUCCCUUCACUUAUUAGCUGACAAAUGUAUAGUCGUCCAAAGCAAAACUAGGUCCGAGCAUAGAUGAGAGAGCCUGGGAAUGAGAUUGAACCAGGUCAACAACAGGACUGUUUGACCUUACCUGACUCUAGCAAACAGGUACUAUGGUUUAAUCCUCCCAUGUAAUAUCACUGGCUCAAUAUGGGAUGAACCUCUAUGGAACACAGUUGAUAGAGCUAUCCUGUUAAUAUAGUUAUAGUGUAGUUUUAGUUAAUGAUAAUUACAUAAUAAUAAACUCUACCUCAGGACACCAGUAUUUUAUGACUGGGCAUUUCUCAAACAUCGUGGUGAUGCCAUAAAUGAAAUCUGGAAGAAAAUUCCAAAAGAUGUUGAUAUUCUCGUCACACAUGGUCCUCCUUUAGGUACGCCAAAAAUAGUACUCACUGUUUGCCUUCUAUAACUUUUCGUUCCUUGCAUCUUCUUUUGGUUUAAUUUAUUUUCAUCAUUAUAAUCAAAUGCCUUUCACUUUCGCAUUCAAUCUUCAAUUCUACCAUUCACAACUAACACAGUCUGCUGCCACAAUACCCCCCCACCCACCCAUGUUGAGGCAGCCUAUUCUAAAGAAGACAUUAAAUGUGUGGGGUGUACCCCACACAUGUAAGAUCACUGCCUGGGUUUUCUGUCCAUACAUUGAACAGUGACAUGAGUUCAGUAACCUCAGUUAAGCAAGCACUUAGAGAAGUAAUGUUUUGGUGGCAAAAAAACUGUAUGCAAACUCAUGAAACUGGUUAGCCAAAAAAAUCUUCCUGUAACUUUGACCCCUUGAUACCCCCUUGAAAAUCCAUCUGCCCCACCUCUGAGAAUCUAUCCUCCAUAAAAUCCAAACCCUUGUAUCUACCCUCGACAUUAACAAACUGGUGCACAUUACUUACACAGGUCGAGGUGAUGUGGUAAAUUUUGGCAAGACUCAUGCAGGAUGUGCAAACUUAUUGGACAUAGUACAGAAUUAUGUUAAACCUAGAUAUCAUAUCUUUGGACAUAUUCAUGAAGGUUUGUGUACAAUAGAUCUUGCAAUGUGGUUUUACUCAUAUGUACAUAUAUAGUUUAAAUGCUUGGUCCCCUAUUCAAUGUUACUAUACUCUGUUGCGUUAUCUAAAAAUGUUGCUAGCAAUGCACAUAAUAGCAAGUGAGGUCUUUUUAAAUGCUUGGUUAUUGUUCCAUUUGAUCUAUGCUUACAUUAUCACAAUGGGCAUAAAAUAUACCAAGUUAUAUACCAAAUCUAUAGUAUUCUUCUAUUUCUUACACACAUCCAUUUCCACAGGUUUUGUAAGUUGCAUAGCUGAUCAGCUAACUCAUGUUUAUAAUUGCUACUCUGAACAUUUCUUCUGGGUAUGUUUUAGGUUAUGGUUGUUCAUCAGAUGGGAGAACAACUUUCAUCAAUGCCUCAACAUGCAAUCACCUGUAUAGACCAGUUAAUCAACCUGUUGUCUUUGAUAUUGAAGUCAAUGACAGAACUUUGAAGAAUGAUGAUUCUGAAUAAUAUAAUAUAGGCUUGGUUUAUUGAAUUGAAUUUAUGUACUGUAAGCAUGCUGGUAAUAUUGCACUCAAUCACUGAACUUUGCAGACUGAGACUAUGUUCACACUACACCGGAUUGUUGUCUAAGAUUGAUGAGGCCGAAAUUUGAUCCCUGUGGUACUCCACCAUCCAACACCUUAGCUAUUUAAAGGGCAGUGUCACGGUGCUGAUUGGCUUAAAAUAAACGGCGCACAGGAACAUUUAAAAUUAAUGCUACAUGAUCAUCCUCGUUCGCAGGCAGCCAAGAAGCCCUGGGAACGAGGAUGCUACAAGAUUGGAAAAGAUGCAGCAGCCUUCAAUUUUUAAAACAAAUCAAGGAUGUCCUGCACAACGAAGGGAUUAUAAAUAGUAUAUCGUAUUUCACUCCUAACUUGAUUAAUUGUUGGCAGACGGUUUUUCAAGUUCGCGCAUAUUUUGGAUGCGCGGUAGAACCGUGACACUGCCACUUUAAAGGCUUCAAACCCAACCUCCCAAAGCCUGGUUCCAACAGUCGUAAAGAUUGAGUGAAGAUCUUUCUCAACAGCUGAAAUACAACAGUUUAACACUGAUAAUAGGCAGAGUGAUUAUAACUAGAGAAUACUUAUGAUUUGUAUGUGGUUUACAGGUAUGAACUAUUAUAAUCUAACCGUUGAAUAAAAAAUUGGGACUCAAUCUUUAUGACCGUUACGACCAUAUGGUUUAGCUAGAGUAAUACGAGCAACAAAAUUGCUGCAACGCAUGUUAAGUAGAAAUAUUGACACAUGUUGCUUCGUGAUUUGUAACUUAUGUGUAAACAUUUUCAAUUAACACGCGUAGAAAUCAGAUUUUGUUGCAAGUUGCAACAAUUUUGUUCCUCGUAUUACUCCAGCUUAAGAGAUAGUGACGUUAUUACUGGUCCCAGUCUUAGUUCUUCACAAUGUUCUAGACCGUGUCCCUUUACAGUACAACACUUGAAAUGUCUUUCUGUACUUGGGCAAACGCCACAGAUAGAUAAAGGUAUUUACAGCGUAGUUUAACAAUAAUAACAUAUCACACACAUUAAAUAUAUACAUAAUGACGUCAUGUGUUGUUUCUACGGUAACCACGUCCAAGACCCAGAAACAGACAGUAGAGAAAAGGACUCCAAGAAAAAAACCCACGGUAAUGAUAAAUAUUGUACAGAGAAAACGAUUUUGAUUUCGUAAACGAACUUCAACUGAUUUUUGAGCAGCUUUUGAAAUGGAUGCGUCUAUCUUGAGCGCCAAAUGUCGUUUGCGUAUACAGAAUGUAAUCAAUGAAUAACAAACUAGGGUUGCCACAAUAAAUAUCCCGUAUAACAAUUUCGUUAGGACUUUAUACACUUGUUCUUGGUGAAAAUAAAUCAAGAGAAAAUAACGUAUCCCGUUUAAAAGUAUACUUGACACCCAUGUCAUGGCUAACCAUUUGUAGCACACUUUUGCAGUCACAUUGACUUUAUGCCAAAGAGGAAACACAAUCCCUAAACAACGUUCCAAAGCCAGGCAGAAUAUUGAUGGGAAAUUGACAAAAGCGAACACGUGAUAUACAAAGUAAUUUAAGAUCCUGAACGCCCCAGGUAAACCAUUCAUGCCGCCAAAUUUUGUAAGCCAGAGCAGUGAUUCUUCCAUGAACAUCAAGGAAUUAAGGAGAUCUGAAAGAGCUAGGUGGAAAAUGAAAUAUGAAGUUGCAUUACCGAAACAUUUCAAUGGAUCUUUGAGCAUUGCGAGGAUCAACAAACCAUUUGCCAAGAUUGUGACUGUGGUCACUACCAUAUAAUAAACGAAGCUCCAGGCUUUGAUUUCCGCAAAGAAAAUUGGGCCAAAUUUUAUCACGUCUUCAUUGCUCCCGUUCAUCUUUGCAUUAUAAUUUAUGUUCGAUCAAGUCACGAUUUAAUAAAGUUGAGGACGAAGCAGGUGUUUUUAACGUUUAUAUUUGAAACACUUUUUAUUAACAUGAGACAAGUCAUUUAUAUUUAAUUAAAGAUUGGGUUUAGUCCACACCAGGCAUGUAGAACUGAAACUAUCACAGGGUUUGUACUCAUGUAGAUAUCAUAUACAUUGUUAGUUCUAUAUUUUAUUACAGUACAAUACAAGAAAUGUUUUCCUGUACUUUGGCAACCUCCAGAUAUACAGAAAAGGAUUGAUCGCCAUGCUGAUAAAAAGCAAAAUAUUGAUGACAUUAAACAGCAUUUCUGUACCACUUGCAGAAAUCAUACCAUUAUGCACAUGAUGCUUGGAAAGUGUACCCACUAUUAGAGGGAUUAUCCCAAAUAUGACUGCAGUGGCGUAGCCAGACCUUCAUUUUUGGGGGGGC